AGCAAUUUUGAACAGUGAAUAGACCACCCAACUAGACAUCAUAUCGACCACAACAACAAAAAAAGAAGACCCAAAAUCACAUAAAUAUCAAUAUAUUAUAUAUAUAAACACACAGACACACUUCGCACUCAUAAAGAUCAUAUCAUCAUAUAUAUAUAUAUAUAUAUAUAUAUAUAUAUAUAUAUAUGUAUAAAAAAAAAAUUAACCAACCAAAAUUAGGGUUUCAAACUUUCUUUUGUGUUCUUGGUGUAGUAAAGUUGAAGAUCAGAUCCACCCCCUCAAAGCGAAAUAUCAUGAGUAGAGGUGGAAGCUAUGGUGGUGGAAGAAGUUCCUUAGGUUAUCUUUUUGGUAAGGAUGAUCAACCUAGAAAGCCUCAAGUCUCCAAAGUUGUUCUUCCUCCUCCUUAUGGUAUUGAUCUCAACCCUGAUGAUGAUCAUCAUAACAAUCCUUCUCCCUCUCCAAAACAACUUGUUUCCAAGAAUAAUUAUCCUCGAGCUCACGGCCAAAACUCCGGCAACUUCAUAACGGAUCGUCCAUCAACCAAGGUGAAAUCUGCCCCGGGAGGUGAUUCGUCGUUAGGGUAUCUGUUUGGAGAUAAGUGAAAUAUAUGAAUGAGUAUGUCUUUUGAUUUACUCUCUCUCUAGCUGACUAUAUAUGAAAGAAAAUUCUAAAGGGGUUAUGGUUUAGUAUGAGUGGUUUUUUUUCUAAAUAAAUGUGUGCUAUUAUUAUGUUUAGUAUUUGAAAGAAAACAUAUCAACAUAUAUGUGUGUAUGUGUAUAUAUAUAGUUUGGUGUAGCUUGUACUUGUGUUUAUAUAGUGAUCUAUUUGUUAAACAAAUUAAAUCUGAUGAUUCAGAUAUCUAUGUAUUGAAAAAUAGCAUCAUGAUGAUUGUAGUUUUA